AUGCCACUGAUGGGUGUGCAACCUGUCCCCACUGACUACAAAGGCCCCUUACCCAUGGGAAGUGUCGGCCUUAUUUUGGGUCGAUCCUCCUUAACCUUAAAGGGACUUAUUUUUCACCCUGGAAUAAUAGAUCAAGAUUACACGGGAGAACUUCAAGUUCUCUGCUCUUGCCCUCAAGGCAUUUUUUCCAUCUCCUCAGGUGACAGGAUUGCUCAGUUGAUUAUCCUUCCAAGCUUACAUGAUCAUUUUCCUUCUUCCAGGGUCCCUAGAGGCACCGCGAAGUUUGGCUCUUCCGGGACUGAUUCUGCUUAUUUAAUGAUGGACCUUAAUUCCAGACCCUCUUUAGAGUUGAAUAUAGAAGGGAAAACUUUUACAGGAAUUCUAGAUACAGGGGCUGAUAAGAGCAUUAUCUCCUCUAGUUGGUGGCCUAAGGCAUGGCCUGUCAUUCAAUCAUCCCAUUCCUUACAAAGACUAGGGUAUGAGGCCAGCCCCACUAUCGGCUCACGCUUUUUGAUCUGGCAUGCUCCAGAAGGCCAAUCAGGAAGGUUCAUUCCUUAUGUCCUUCCUCUUCCUGUUAACCUUUGGGGGAGGGAUGUCUUACAGGGUCUAGGACUGACAUUGACCAACGAGUACUCUCGACAAGCUGUCGAGAUUAUGAAGAGAAUGGUUUACGAGGAAGGGAAGGGAUUAGGAAAAAAGGAACAAGGAAAAUUAGAACCAAUCCCACAAGAAGGUAAUAUAGGAAGGCAGGGCCUGGGUUUUUCCUAG